AUGCAGUGCUACCAAGUCCAUCCGGCGAAAUGGCUUCACAAGCUCCCCGAUAAUGUCAGCUACGCCGAAGGCGCUCUACUUGAGCCUCUUUCUGUGGUCAUGCAUGGUAUUCGUACCGAAGGAUUGACCCUUGGAAAAGGAGUGGUAGUCUGUGGUGCUGGUCUCGUCGGACUGAUCGCAUUGGCAGCUGCGCGUGCCUCUGGAGCCCAUCCUAUUGUCAUCAUGGAUCUUGAACCACACUGA